AUCCAACACAAAUACAAAAUGAUGGUAGGCUCCAACUUUGGAAUAAUGGUUUAAUGACUCCACCAUUGAGUAAUAUUGAGUCAAUGACUAAUAGAUAGUAGUCUUCGUCUUAUUCCUUUUUCAUUCUUCCAAAAGCACACCCACAGAGAAUGAUUAUUUAAUUGGUGAUUGCCUCAAAUGAUCAAUCCAACCUACUUAAAUGACUCUGCCAUUGACUAAUUACUAACAGAUAGUAGUCUUGUUCUUCUUUCUUUCCCUCAAAUCUUCCAAAAACAGAGAGAGAGAGAAUGGUUAUUCAAUUGGUGCUGCAAAUCGAACUAUUGUUAUGGCUAACACAAGCAUCAUCAGCAUUAGCAGCAACACUAGCAAUGGCAAAACCUGGUUGUCAAGACAGAUGUGGAAAUGUCAUCAUUCCUUUCCCAUUUGGUAUUGGAGCCAAUUGUUCUGGUCAUUGGUCGUUUGAGAUAAGCUGCAACAAAUCUUUCAACACCUUCAAACCUUUCAUCACUAGCAUCCGCCUUGAGGUGCUUGAAAUCUCAUUGACAGAAGGCACUGUUCGUGUCAACAACCCGUUGAUCACUUCUAAUUGUAACAACAGGGUUAAUAAUCAAGCUGUGGACUUGAUUGGUACUCCUUUUUCUUUCUCAGACACCAACAACCGAUUCACGGCCAUUGGUUGUGACAACCUCGCCUUAAUCGACUGGGGAGGAAUGGUCAUAGGGUGCGUGUCCAACUGCAAUUUUACUUCAAGAGAUAAAAGCUGCUAUGGCAUCAACUGCUGCCAAACCACAAUCCCUCCAUCACUCAAGUAUAUCAAUGCAUCAUUUAGAAGCAUAGAUUCAAACAAUGAUAAAAAUGAGUGCAAAUAUGCCUUUAUGGUGGAGCAAGAUUGGUUCACUAACCUGACCGACCCCUAUGCCGUGCAGAAAAUGGAGGUGGUCCCUGCCGUGCUGACUUGGCGUACAUAUGGGAGUUGCCAAUCAUUCUCAUUAGGAUCAAUCACAUACGGAGCACUGAUUCCUACUAAUCCACAGAAUGGUAAAGUGAUUCCUCCAGAGAAUGGUAAAAAAGGUUGCAAAAACUAUAUAAAAUGCCGCGUUGGCGCAGUGGUGUCUAAUAGCUCAUCAUUAUGCGGUACUAAUGCUUCCUGCAGUUCAUAUUCCAAUCAAAGCUCAAGUUAUCUAUGCCAAUGUGACCGUGGCUAUGAAGGAAACCCAUAUCUGCGUGAUGGAUGCCAAGAUAUUGAUGAAUGUGCGAGAGGUACCAAUCGCUGUCAUAUGAACUGUUCGAAUACGCCAGGAAGUUACAAGUGCUAUUGUCCACCUGGGUACAUAUCCGUUGGAUUUAAAGGAUCUUAUUGCUACAAACUCAAGGACAUUGAAGGCAAGUUAGGCAACAGAAGAAAUGGGAUCAUUAUUAUAGGUACUAGCACAGGUCUCGGCAUACUAUUUUUACUUAUUGGUACAUGGUGGAUGAUUACACUAGUGAAAAGGAGGAGGAAAAUUAAGGUCAAGGAAAAAUUCUUUAAACGAAAUGGGGGUUUGUUACUAAAACAACAACUGUCCUCAGGUGAAGGUAAUGUUGAGAAAACCAAACUCUUUACUUCAAAGGAGUUGGAAAAAGCCACUGAUCAGUUCAACGAGAAUCGAAUACUAGGUCAAGGAGGCCAAGGUACUGUUUACAAAGGCAUGUUGACAGAUGGUAGAAUUGUAGCAGUUAAGAAGUCCAAAAUAGUGGAUGAAGGCCAACUUGAGCAAUUUAUUAAUGAAGUGGUCAUUUUAUCACAAAUUAUCCAUAGAAAUGUAGUCAAGCUACAUGGAUGUUGUUUGGAGACAGAAGUUCCUCUGCUUGUUUAUGAAUUUAUCCCUAAUGGAACCCUUUUUCAGUAUAUCCAUGACCAAAAUGAAGAGUUCCCUCUUUCCUGGGACAUGCGUGUUCGGAUUGCUGUAGAAGUUGCAGGAGCUCUUUCCUAUCUACACUCAGCAGCUACCAUACCCAUUUAUCAUCGAGACAUCAAGUCCACAAACAUAUUGUUGGAUGAUAAAUACAGAGCAAAAGUGUCCGACUUUGGAACUUCAAGAUCAAUUGCAGUUGAUCAAACUCAUUUGACCACAAAAGUACUGGGCACCUUUGGAUACUUGGAUCCUCAAUAUUUCCAAUCAAGUCAGUUUACAGAGAAAAGUGAUGUUUAUAGCUUUGGAGUAGUUCUUGUUGAGCUCAUAACAGGACAAAAACCGAUCUCGUCAACCAUAUCUGAAAAAUGUCGAAGUUUAGCAACAUAUUUCAUAUCGACAAUGGAGGAGAAUCGUCUGUUUGAUAUUCUUGAUGCUCGAGUUGUAAAAGAUGAUGGGAAAGAAGAGAUCAUGCAAGUCGCUAACCUUGCAAAAAGAUGCUUGAACUUGGAUGGAAAAAAUAGGCCUACAAUGAAAGAAGUUGCAAUGGAGUUGGAAAUGAUUACAAUGUCACAUGGAGCAUCUACUAUUCAACAAAACUAUGAAGAGGUUGAAUUUCCGGUAGCUGAACUCACUGGGCCUUGGGAUGCUGCUUCAACUUCAACAGGAUUUUAUCUUGAUAGUUGUGUAUCUUCAUCAUCAGAUGUCCAAUAUCUGUUGUCCAAGUAAACAUGAUGGUUAAGGUUCUCUUUUUCCAUAUAUUACAUGUUCUUGUUUGAAAAAUAGUGUAUAAUCACUCAAAGAUUAUCCUACUUCUGGUGUUUAAGAAAUCAUGAUCAGGGAGAAAAUUUUAUCGUCCUCAAUAAUAUUUUCCAUCUUAUGUAAGCUAA